AUGCGUUCUCCUGCACGUGGACUGCUUCUAGCGCUCCUCUCCAGUCUAACCCUGGCGGGAGUCGCGAGAGGGAAUUCUGCACCUUCGGCUCACCUCAACAACGGCACCUAUCUGGGCGUGAACAAUGCCCAGUACAAGCAGGACUUUUUUCUGGGAAUCCCCUAUGCGCAGCCCCCAACCGGCGCUCUGCGCUUCGCACCUCCCCAGCCACUCACAGAGGCCUUCAAUGAGACUCGCGAUGCUACCGAGUAUGGCUCUAUAUGCAUCGGCUACGGAUCCGAUACGACCAACAUUGGCACCCCGGUGUCGGAAGACUGUUUGACCCUCAACGUCAUUCGCCCAGAGGGCACCAAGCCUGGCGAUGACCUCCCUGUCGGCAUCUGGGUCCAUGGUGGUAGCUACGUGAUGGGCGGCUCGCGUGACCCGAGAUAUAACCUCAGCUACACCGUUGAUCAGGCCGUCAGCGAGGGCAAGCCUAUGGUGGCCGUCUCCAUCAAUUACCGCCUCUCGUACUGGGGCUUUCUCUUCAGUCAGGAGAUGGAAGAUGCCUCGGCUGGCAACAUUGCCUUCAGAGACCAGCGCCUGGCUCUCCGGUGGGUCCACGACAACAUCGCCGCCUUUGGCGGCAGCCCCGACAAGGUCACCAUCUGGGGAGAAUCAGCUGGCGCGCGCUCUCUGGGCAUGCAGCUGGUCGCAUACAACGGCCAGGCUGGAGGUCUGUUCCGCAGCGCCAUCCUCGAGAGCGGUAGCCCCGUCGCCGAGUUUGUCGAUGCUGAGACCUGGCAGCCCUACUAUGACGCUGUCGUUGGGAAGACCGGAUGCUCAUCGGCUAGCGACACACUCGGCUGUCUCCGAAACCUGCCCUGGGAGACGCUCAACGGUAUAUUUAACAGCACCACUGCGUUGAACGUCACUGCUCCCAACUUUAGCGCCGUUCUUGACGGAGACUUCAUGACAGCCCAGGCAACGCAGCUACUGCGGGAGGGCAAGUUCGCCCACGUCCCACUGCUGCUUGGCAACAACUUUGACGAGGGCACGGCCUACGGCAAGCGGGGUAUCAACACCACGGCUCAAUUCAGGUCCUGGCUGACGACAACUCUGGGACUUGACAGCGCCCAGGCCGCCAGCAUUGAGGACUUGUACCCUGACGAUCCCGCGCAGGGUGUCCCCGAGGCGUAUCCCGGCCGCCCCGCCGCGUACCCCUACGGUCUCCAGUGGAAGCGUGUGGCUGCUGUUGCCGGAGAUUAUCAGCAGCACGCUGGUCGCAGGCUCCUAGCCGAGACGUACUCUGGAGCCGGACUAGACGUGUAUUCUUACCUGUGGAACGUCUAUGUCAAUGGCUUGGCCCCCGAAAUCGGCGCCACUCACUUUCAGGAGGUGGUUUUUGUCUUCGACAACGUUGAGGCUAUCGGCUACUCCCCGAAUCCGUUUGAGGGCAAGCCCGACACCUACUUCCAGCUCGCCGACCUCAUGAACAAGAUGUGGGUGUCCUUCAUCGCCGACACCGAUCCCAACCACAGCUCCUCCCCGAAUGUUUCAUGGCCGCUGUACACACCCUCAGCGCCCCAAAAUCUCGUCUUUGAUGUCAACAGCACCAACCUGUACUAUAUUCACGCAGACGACUAUAGAGAGAAGCAGAUUGACUAUCUCUUGGAGUCCGUCUUUUAA